AUGACCUCCUCAUUUCUCGGCUCCGCCGUCGUGGCCGCCACAAAACAGCCUUCUGCGGCUGUCCGCCCAAGCAGCACUGUCAUGGCCAAGGCAUCAAAACUCAACACAAUUCAAGUCAACAACAAGAGUGAAGAGUCAGGCAAUGGCAGGAGGGAAAUGAUGUUUGCGUUUGCAGCCGCGGCCGCGUGCUCGGUGGCAAACAUUGCCCUGGCUGAGGAGCCAAAGAGGGGAAGUGCUGAGGCCAAGAAGAAGUAUGCUCAAGUUUGUGUUACCAUGCCAACUGCUCGUAUUUGUCGCAAUUAA